UUGUUCUGCUCUAUGCACACCUGUUCCCAAUCUGCACAUUAGUCCUCCCUUUGUUUCUGUCUCCCUUAAAUACUGUCUCUGUUCUGUUCUUCUGUGCUGGUUCCUCGUCUAACUUCUCAUCAUACUUCCUCCAACUCUGUCUCUCUGAGUCUUCCUCCUUGUCAUUGUUAUCCCCCUGAUGUCUCCAUGGUUUCUGGUUUGUUUUGACUUUUUUUUUAUUGUUUUCAUUUUUGUUUUUUUGAUUCCUUGUUUCCUGUUUGUUUGGACUUUGUUUUUCAUAUUUGGAUUUUGGAUCACCUGCUUCUGCAUUCAGUAAACUUUCUUCAGUCCCUAAGAUAUAAGCAAAGCCUUAUCUCCCAUGUCUGACCUUACAGAUGAGAUAAAAAUUUGAUAAGGGACCCAAACAAGGGAGGACAGUUGGUCACCCAGAAGGUUAAUCAUGCUGUACUCUACAUAAACCAUAUUCUCAAAGGUUAACAGAUGAUGCUUUGUGAGGAACAAAAGUUUCCAAAAGUGUUGCAAAGGAAUUAUCAGAACAUGUGAUAAACAUUUAGAUCAACCAAAGUGAAAAAUAUUUGCCACAUAUCUAACAUGCACACAAGGACUCUAACAAGUUUCAAUUUCUCUUUAGACAGUUCAAGUGGUGGUUUAAAAAAAGGAUUUGUGUAUCUAUAAGAUUUUCAUUUACUUCUUGGAUUGUUCCACAGGUUACUACCCUCUGUGACCAGAAAAACAGCAAUUAUAUCUCAGUCAAAAUGCUACAGUGUGAGUAAAGAAGGAUGGGAGUCACACAAGAAAAUGAUGACAGGGCCUCUGGAUAUCAGCGACUUAGAGGUGUUCUCUAUCAUAAAAAAGCUGAAACACAACCAGAUGCAUAGUCUGGAGUUAAUAGCAGCUGAGAACUUUACCAGCAGAGCUGUUCUCGAGGCUCUUGGCUCCUGUCUGACCAACAAGUACUCCAAAGGGUUUCCUGGCCAGAGCCACUAUUUCAAUGGUUUAGAGUAUAAUGAUGAACUGGAGAAUCUUUGUCAGAGGAGGGCACUGGAGGCCUUUGGUUUGGACUCUGAGAAAUGGGGAGUGAACGUGCGGCCAUACUCAGGUUCGCCUGCUAACUUUGCUGUCUACACGGCUGUUGUUGGGCCUCAUGGUAGGAUCAUGGGCUUGGACAUUCCUGAUGGGGGUCACCUAUCCCAUGGCUACAUGAGGAAUGAGAAGAAAAUCUCUGCAACAUCCAUGUUUUUUGAAACUAUGCCAUACAAGGUAAAUCCAAAAACUGGCUACAUCGAUUAUGACAAACUGCAAGAAAAUGCACAGCUUUUCCAGCCUAAGCUCAUCAUUGCCGGAACCAGCGGUUAUUCCCGUAACCUUGACUAUGCCCGCUUGGGGCAGAUUGCUAAUGAGAAUAAUGCAUAUCUGUUGGGGGACAUGGCACAUAUUAGUGGAUUAGUGGCCGCCGGAGUGGUGCCCUCACCUUUUGAACACUGUGACCUUGUUACAACAACAACUCACAAAAGUCUGAGAGGCUGCCGUGGUGGACUUAUCUUUUAUCGGAAAGGUGUUCGGUGUGUGGAUUCCGAAGGGAAGGAGACUUUGUACAACUUGGAGUUUUUGAUCAACCAUGCUGUGUUUCCGGCGCUGAACGGAGGACCACACAGCAAUGCUAUUGCAGGUGUUGCUGUGGCUCUCAAACAAGCCAUGACACCCGAGUUUAAGGCAUACCAGCUGCAGGUUCUUGCUAACUGUAAAGCUCUGUGCAGUGCCCUUACAGAGCUUGGUUACAAGAUCGUCACUGGUGGUUCUGACAACCAUCUAAUGCAGCUGGACUUAAGUGAUAAAGGAACAAAAGGAGAACAAGCUGAGAAGGUCUUGCAAGCCUGUGGUAUUUCCUGCAACACAAACACCUUUUUAGGUGCUAAGAGUGCUUUGCUUCCAAGUGGUCUGAGGUUCGGUUCUCCAGCUCUGACCUCCAGAGGUUUGAUAGAAGAGGACUUCAAGAAAGUGGCUGACUUCAUUCAUAGAGGUAUUGAGCUAACUUUGGAAGUGCAGAGAAGUUUGGACUCCAAGGCCACCGUAGAGGACUUCAUCCAGGCAUUGGCUUUGGAAGAGAAGUUCCAGCAGGAGGUGGCUGAGAUCAGGGCUGAAGUGGAGGCUUUCGCCAGGCAGUUCCCCAUGCCGGGACUUCCUGAUCGUUAAAGAGAAGAAGUUUUCAGGAUGACUUCAUUGCAUUCCUGUGAAUGUAAGCUUUCCCCUGGAGCUAUUUGCUUCAGCUGAGAUAAAAUGAAAUUUUUUUUGUAUUUAUAAAUGCUCAUAGAUGAUUAGAAACUGCAUUCAAACACAUGAUGUUAAUGUUGAGUUUUGUUGUUUCUGCUGAUUUUAUUCAAGAAACCCCUUCAAUUUGAAACACCAAACAUGGCAAAUCCCUAAGCAUUUUAAUCAACAUCCAAUUAUUAAUAUCUGACUUUAAAACCAAAGAAAAGUUGAAUUUAACAAACACAAAAAAAUAUAUAUA